CGGGAACCGGGGCCGGGGGGCGACUACACGCACGUCCGCCGCCCGGGAAAUUCCCCCUGAAAAGGGGCGGCCUGCGGGGCGCGGCGCGGCAGCGCAGCCAGCCGGGGCCGGGAGGGGAGUCGGGGCCCCGCCGUCCCUCCGAAGCGGCGUUCCUCCUUCCCCUCAGAGGUGUGCGCCGCGGCGGCGGCGAGAGGGCCUGAGCGGCUGCGCGGAGCUGUCAGCAUGGCCGGUGGCCCUGAGCCCUACAUUGAAAUGUUUGAACAACCCAGGCAAAGGGGCAUGCGUUUCAGAUACAAAUGUGAGGGAAGGUCAGCAGGCAGCAUUCCAGGAGAACACAGUACCGAAAACAAUAAGACGUUCCCGUCCAUACAGAUUCUGAACUAUUUUGGAAAAGUCAAAAUAAGAACUACCUUGGUAACGAAGAAUGAACCCUAUAAGCCACACCCUCAUGAUCUAGUUGGAAAAGACUGCAGAGAUGGCUACUAUGAAGCAGAGUUCGGGCCAGAACGGCGAGUCCUGUCUUUUCAGAAUCUGGGCAUUCAGUGUGUGAAGAAGAAAGACCUGAAGGAAUCAAUCUCUUCACGAAUCUUGAAGAAGAUUAACCCUUUCAAUGUGCCUGAAGAACAGCUGCACAACAUCGAUGAGUACGAUCUCAAUGUCGUCCGCCUCUGCUUCCAAGCUUUCCUCCCCGAUGAACAUGGCAACUACACCAUAGCGCUUCCUCCUUUGAUUUCGAACCCCAUCUAUGACAACAGAGCUCCAAACACAGCAGAAUUAAGAAUUUGUCGUGUGAACAAGAACUGUGGAAGUGUAAAAGGAGGAGAUGAAAUAUUUCUACUGUGUGACAAAGUUCAAAAAGAUGAUAUAGAAGUCAGAUUUGUCUUGGACAACUGGGAGGCCAAAGGUUCCUUCUCACAAGCUGAUGUUCACCGUCAAGUUGCAAUCGUGUUCAGAACGCCACCGUUUCUCAAAGACAUCACCGAGCCUGUCACAGUGAAGAUGCAGCUGCGAAGACCUUCAGACCAGGAAGUCAGCGAACCUAUGGAUUUCAGAUACCUACCAGAUGAGAAGGAUCCAUAUGGCAACAAGGCAAAAAGGCAAAGAUCAACGUUAGCUUGGCAAAAGCUCAUACAGGACUGUGGAUCCAAUGCGACAGAGAGGCCCAAAGUAGCUCCAUUCCCCGCUGUCACGCCCGAAGGGAAGCUGAUUAAGAAAGAACCAAACAUGUUUCCAUCCACACUGAUGAUGCCAGGGCUAGGCAACCUGCCCAACACUAGUCAGAUAUACCCCGUCUGCAACCAGAUUCCCCAUCAGGGCACUGCACAGGUGGGGCCAGGGAAGCAAGACACGCUCUCCUCAUGCUGGCAGCAGCUGUACGGCACCCCCUCUUCAGCUGGCAGCCUGCUCAACGCGCACCCACAGAACAACUUCGCGGCAGACGUGCCUCAGCCCACCACUCAGGGCAGCAGCUCUCUCCCAGCUUUCCAUGACAACUCUCUGAACUGGCCUGAUGAGAAGGAUUCAGGCUUCUACCGGAAUUUUGGCAGCACAAACGGGAUGGGAGCAGCGUCGUCGUCGACUGCAGACAUGCAGAGUGUUUCUAGUAACAGCAUCGUGCACCAGACGCACCCUGCCGGCGCCUCUGCUGCCAGCGUUGUGAACAUGGAGACCGAUGACAUGAACUGCACUAGUAUAAACUUCAAAAAAUAUAAUCCAGUGUUAAAUGCAAGCAAUCACAGGCAGCAGCUCCAUCAGGUGCCUCCGGCUUGCCUGUCUGUAGCAGCCCCGGGCGGCACGGGAGUGCUGCCGUCUAACUUAGCUGAUCCAGCAGUUUACAGUUUCAUAGACCAAGAAGUUUUAAGCGAAUCAAGACUAUCCACCAACCCGCUCCCAAACCAGCAGAAUAGCAUUGCAGAUAACCAGUACUAUGACACCGACACUGUCCACAAUGACGAGCUUUAUCAGUCUUUCCCAUUUGAUAACAUAUUACAGAGCUAUAACCAUUGAGCCAGCAGCGUUGCGCUGGAAGUGGGUACGUAGAGCUUUUUCAGAUGGCUAGCUGUGUGAAGAGGAGUAACUUACCUGCUUGGAGUCCCUGCUUUCUCUUUCAGAAUGUUAUUGUGCAAGUUUCAUUAUAUAUAACUUAAGGUUGUAUAUUACAGCCCAAAGACUGGUGCCCGUAAAGAAGAGAGGUGGGAGUAGGGUUUGGGGUUCUGUACCAUAAAAGUACCUUGUAUACAUAUUUUUAAUGCUGUUGGAAAAGGGAAGUGUUAACACUUAAAUCUUCCUUACCUUUGGGGACUAAAAGCUGGCAUCUUCAGAAGGGAUAAACUUUUUUGUACUUUACUAGGUUAAAAUUGGUAGAAAAAUAACUAGGUAAGUUAAAUUAAAAUUUCAAAAGGACAAAAAUUUGGGGAAAAAAACCUGCAUGUGGGCACUCUAGUUCAGACUCGCCUAAGGAUGUUAAAGUUCUACUUAGCUUACUUGAAAGGUUUAGCUUUCUUACCCUCUUUCAUAUAAAAUAGUCUUCUCCUAAAACAAGGCCGUACAUUGAAUUUUCACAUUUUCACCACACUCCAUUUGCUUUGAAGGCAAAUUGUCUCUAAAAUUUUUUAAUGACUAUGUCAUUGUUAGAUAUAUUUUAAAAGACCGGAAGGUUUUAGUUUUUAAAUAGUGCAGUUCUGUUGUAAAUGAAUCGCUGUACAAAAGAAUGAACAGGAAGUAAGGAUUUCUGCACUUCAUCCAAAGUGCACUAUUUUAAAUUACAAACCCCCGUUGCUUUAGGAAUGGGACACUCUAUUAUUUUUCUCUGUGUGUGUGUAGCUGUGGUCUGUAUGCUACUUUGAACUGCAUAAAUACGUUGAGCCAAAGCAUCUAUCCAUUCUUUCCUCAGGUAUCCCAGCAGUUUCCUGCUAUGCAAGUGACUGCUUAAACGAAGGCGCAGAUCCUGCCUUCCCCCCCAAGAAAGCUUUGGGGCAAAGCGGGAGGUGGUCUUAGUGCAGCCUCACCUAGAUACACUGUUAACAAUGUAAGACCGUUUCAAUCAGUACUAAUAACACUCCUCUAUCCCCUGUAUCAGAAACCAGCACUUCCUCCCUUCUGCUUCCUUCCCACUCUUCCUUCUUAGCCUGAGUUGCGCGAUGUUCAGUGGCAACUUGUGGAUGUAACUGGCUUAGGUAAGACACUCUACUCUGCAUUAUAGGGCUUUGCUAUUUUAUUAUUUUUGGGGUUUUUUUAAGAAGCAACACAGCAGGAACUAUAUGAGUUAUUUCUUAAGUUAUACAGUUGCUUUGUACAGCAGAUAUAAGGCUUAAGAAUCUAAUUGUUGCUAUUUGGAAGUGUAAAACUGCACCAAGGAAAGAAGAAAUGGAAAAAACCCACAUUCUGAUAGAUAAAGAACAAACAACACAAUUCUAAAUCAAAAAAGCCACUUGAGAUGUGUAGUUGUACGUAAGGCAGAAGGGGACGCCAGAAGUCCUCUGUGGUUUCUAGUGAGGCAAUGACUCUUUAAAUGCAGUAAUUCCUUGCAUUCAAAGCAAUCAGGUGCUGCUGCUGUAAUGCAUUACACCAAUUACACAGGUUGGACAGAAUACGCUCCUUAGACAACGCAUAGAAUACGUGAAGUUGGGAAAACUGCUUCCCCUGACUCUAGGUGCAUGAUGCAAUUAAUUGGCUCACCACGUUUUAAAGCAGUUUUGCCUCACUUGUGCAUAGCUCCUCUGUAGUCGUUAAGUAAUAGAAAGGCCAAAGAAAUAACAAGGAAACCUUGAAAUGUGUUGUUUAUUCAGUUCUUUUUUUGAAGUUCUCAAUUUUAAAUAUAUUAAAUAUAAACAUUUUA